GCAGCACUCGACAUAAUUAGACAGUUGCAGACAGUUGUUUUUCGUCUGUUGUGGGGGCCGGACGCUUUUCUUGUUCUAUGAUUUAAGUUCAGUGUUUUCGUUAUAUUAGACGUUUUACUUUCAAGCAGAGGCUAUAAUUUUCUUGUCAAUUUCGUGACUAUCUAGGAUUUUCUGUGAACAAAGAAAAUGCCAGUCUUUCACACGAAGACUAUAGAGAGCAUCCUCGAGCCUGUGGCACAGCAGGUCUCGAGGCUUGUCAUACUUCAUGAGGAAGCUGAAGAUGGAAACGCCAUGCCUGACCUGGGCAGGCCUGUUCAGGCAGUCAGUAUGGCUGUCACUAAUCUUGUUAAGGUUGGCAAAGAAACCAUCAAUUCCUCGGAUGAUGCCUUACUUAAACAGGAUAUGCCCACCGCCUUGCACAGGGUUGAAAGUGCCUCAAGACUCCUUGAAGAAGCUUCAGGAAUGCUCAAGCAGGAUCCAUAUUCAGGACCAGCCAGAAAGAAACUCAUUGAAGGUUCCCGAGGUAUCCUGCAGGGAACGAGUUCCCUGCUGCUCUGCUUUGACGAGAGUGAAGUUAGGAAGAUCAUCCGUGAGUGCAAGAGAGUCUUGGAUUACUUAGCUGUGGCCGAGGUUAUCGAGACCAUGGAGGAUUUGGUGCACUUCUUGAAGAAUCUUAGUCCUUGCCUGAGUAAAGUAUCUAGGGAAGUUAGUGCCAGGGAAAAAGAACUCACUCACCAGGUUCAUCGUGAAAUCCUAGUACGAUGUUUGGAGCAAGUGAAGACCUUGGCGCCAAUUCUCAUAUGCUCGAUGAAGAUCUUCAUUCACAUUAUCUCUCAGGGAGGUAAGGGUGCCGAGGAAGCUGCAGAAAACAGAAACUACCUUUCAGGACGCAUGUCAGAUGAACUGAAUGAAAUCAUUCGUGUCCUCCAGCUUACGACGUACGACGAGGAGGAAUGGGAUGCAGAUCAGCUCACGGUCCUGAAGAAGGCUCAGAGUGCAAUAGAGUCCAGGUUGCGUGCUGCGGAAGACUGGCUCGACGAUGGAAACGCAUUACGUGGUGGCGUUGGCGAAAAGAGUCUUCGACAAAUUGUUGAGCAGGCAUCCAGGUUGGCAGAUCGAUGUCUGCCACCCUCGCAGGCGGAACCCUUAACAAAAUUGGCUUCUCAGAUUACAACCAUGACCGAUGCCCUCUGCGAAUUGCGUCAGGAUGGCAGGGGUAACUCGCCACAGGCUGAAGCCCUAGCUAGAGGAAUCAAGGAGAAGCUCAAUGAGCUCAGGUCAAACAUCGCCUCCGCUUUGGUCGCUGCCGACAAGUCAGGUAUCGCGCAGACAGCUCAUACCGUUUCUGGUAGAUUGGAACAGGCAAACAAGUGGCUAUUGAAUCCUCAACAUGAUGACAAAGGACUUGGACAGCGAGCUAUUGCUCUUAUUGUUCACGAAGGAAAGAAGAACCAGAAACACAUUCAGGAUGUCGCCGAAGGUUUGCCAGGAAUUCACAAGGCAGAGAUUCUUCAGCUGUGCGAUGAGGUGGACAACCUAUCCCGUCAGUUGGGUAAUCUCUGUGCCCAUGGUCAGGGCAAUACGCCUAGGGCACAGGACAUAGCGCGUCAGCUCUCGCAGAAGCUCUAUGAGUUGAAGAAUCGUAUCCAACAAGCUGUAGUAUCUCGUGUAGUAGAGGAUUUCAUCGACAUCUCCACACCCUUGAAACAGUUCACCGACGCCGUCCUUACUCCAGAGGGUGUCCCUGGACGAGAUCAGAAUUUCAACGACAAGGCACAUGCUCUACAGACCUUGUCCAAUCGCGCUGCUAAGACCGCCAGGAUGGUUGCUGCCGGAGGCUCAGGAGGAAACAAGAAAUUAGCCGAAGCCCUGGUGGCCAGUGCUAAUCAAGUAGAGUCUUUGACUCCACAGCUGGUGAACGCUGGUCGCAUCAGGAUGACCUACCCCUCGAGCAAAGCUGCUGACGAACACUUUGAAAAUCUACGACAACAAUACGCUGAGACUAUUCAGCGCGCCAGGGCGCUCUGUGAUGAAGCUACCGACAGCGGAGACUUUAUAAGGACUUCGGAGGAGCAGAUGCAGAAGCACUCUUUCCUCUGCGAGGAUGCUAUCGCGAAGGGUCAACCUCAGAAGAUGGUUGACAAUACCGCAGCCAUCGCUAGGUUGUCUAAUCGCGUAAUCCUGGUUGCCAAGCAGGAAAGCGACAAUAGCGAAGAUCCUGCUUUCAUUCAGCGUGUGAAUCAUGCUGCUGAUGUCUUGCAAAACUGUGUGGCACCAAUGGUUCAGGAUGCUAAAGCCGUAGCCAUCAAUACAAAUGAUUCUCCUGCAGUUUCUCGUUGGCGCGAGAGCAAUCGCGCUCUGCUAAACAGUGUUGGCCAAGUACGGAAAGCAGUGACAGUUCAUCCGGAUCUACCACCAACACCGGAUCUCUCGCAAUUGCGUGUGAAUGACGAGGAACAAAUGCCAAGCCAGCGAUACAGUUACUUCACAGACAAAGUGGGAGAACCAUUAAGGAAUCAACCAUCACCCAGCAAUUUACGCGUGACAAGCCCAACCCUGGGCAGCAAUAAAUCGCAGAUUCGUUCCAUCAGUCCAUUGCCAAAAUGGGCACGUGGAGGAGAUAAUCCUGACCUGCUAUACCAGGAACUGGCUUCAGAGGACGAGCUCGAGCGAUCGGCUCUAGGAUAUUGUCGAUACUAUGAGGAAGAUGAUGAGGAUAUGGCUCCACCACGUCCACCUCUACCAGGAGGAGAGGUUCCACCACCUAGACCACCUCCUCCAGAAACAGACGAUGAGGACGAGAUGUUCAUGCAUGCUCCGCAGCCAAAUCAUCCUAUAAUGAUGGCAGCUCACGGUCUCCACCAGGAGGUGCGCCAGUGGUCGAGCAAGGACAAUGAAAUCAUCGCUGCGGCCAAAAAGAUGGCUGUACUUAUGGGUAGACUGUCAGGUUUAGUUCGUGGGGAAGGUGGAAACAAAAGAGACUUGAUUGCCUGUGCCAAGGCCAUCGCCGAAGCUUCCCAGGAGGUGACACGUCUUGCCAAGGAACUCGCCAGAGAAUGCACCGACAAGCGAAUCCGCACGAAUUUACUGCAAGUAUGCGAACGCAUACCAACUAUUGGAACACAGCUGAAGAUUCUCUCUACGGUGAAGGCUACUAUGCUUGGUGCACAAGAGAUGCUCCCCAGCUGGGAAGAAUUGAUGCUAUAUGACGAGUUGAUUGGUCGCAGCACCGAAGAGGAUCAAGAGGCUACAGACAUGCUAGUAGGAAAUGCACAGAAUCUCAUGCAGAGCGUCAAAGAAACUGUACGUGCUGCAGAGUGUGCAAGUAUCAAGAUCAGAACAGCAUCCGGCAUGAAAUUGCGUUGGGUUCGUCGUCAGCCCUGGUACCAGUACUAGGGGAUCCCUAUAGCUAUUAUUGACUAGAGGUAUAACAAAGGACUAGGGGAUGGUACGAGAGACUAAAAGAAGAAGCAGGGUAACAGUCUAAUAGUAAAAGAAAAUCCUAGUAGUAUCCUUGUUACACUUUGUAUUAUUAUUAAAAUAUUCUCUUUACUUGCCUAAAAGGAGGUCACAGGUCAAUUCGAGGUACAGUUAAUAUCUUUUUUGAAGACUCCAAUACUAAUACUUGCUAAAGCAUUAAUAAUAUUUAUAUUAGCAUAACUAAUUCUUCAGUGCGUCUCCUCGAAUUGUGCUGUACCCGCUACACCCUGGAAGUACAUCGAACAACCAACAAGUACAACGUUUGGGUGCGACAACAUAAAGUAUUGUCAAUUGUACACGUAAUUAGGCUAACUUUAGAUAUUCAGUAGUAUAUUUUUUUAAUGCGGGCAAAAGAAAAAAAAA